GAUGCUCAAUUAAACGCAAGUACAAAGAUUCGCGAGAGCAGAAGCUAUUUUUUGGGAAUCGCGCGAAUGUAACUCACUCCGUCGGCGCUCAGGUGAACACUGUGCAGAGGAAUAGGAAUGUGAAAGAAGCUACCUCAAACGCGGUUCGCGUUCGAAAGAAAGAAAGAGAGAAGGGUGAGGGAGAGAGAUCGGGAGCGUCGGUCCAGGAAAAGGAAACAGAGGAUAUGCGUUGGUUCGAGGCGACAACUCGCGACCGUUUUCGAGGCAAUGCCGCGACGUACGAGGGAAGUUGAGAUCGAGCGGCACCGGAUCGAUAUGCUCUCGCGGGAGCGUCGGAACCUCGAUACCAGAAGAACACGACGAGAAAGUAAAGGCGAGGAAAGGCAGAGUGAAUCAUGUCGUGGGAAUCGAUCUCGUCGCGAGAUUACCUCGGCGGGCCGGCCAGUCAUCAGCUGUCCGCAACCGCUCUGCUGGGCAGUCCGGACGGAUCGCGGCACCCGUUGGACGUGUGCGAGUUCACCGAGGAGGACUAUCGGCAUCAGAGCUCGAACGGGAACGGGCACUAUCAGAACGGCAGGUCCGGCACCGGUCUCUGGGAAUGCCUGAUAGGCUGCAGACGUCGGUUCGACCAGCAUAUGGCUCGAAGACGGGUGGAACAAGGCUUGAAGCUGUACCGCGCCCACAAACAACAGGCUGCCGUCCGCAAAUGGAGGGGUGCCUUGAAGAAUAUCAGACAGCGAGAGGAUAAAUUCGCUCUUCUCGGAUAUCUCUACCAAGCCUACAUGGAUUGGGGGAAGUACAGGGACAGCAUCGAUUUCGGGCACAAACAGUUGGGCAUUUCCGAGGAGCUCGAUUCGCCGAACAUGCGGGCGGAGGCCUACUUGAAUUUGGCCAGAGCGCACGAAAGAUUGGGCGCGCUCGACAGAGCCUUGGACUAUGCGAGGCACAGCUUGUACAACGAAUGCGAUCAGUGUGCGACCGCUGGACUGGUUCAUCUGACCGUGGGCAGAGUUCACUUGGAACUAGCAGGAUUCUGCAAAGCUUUGGAAGCGUUUCAACGAGCCCACAAGAUUGCUCAUUCGAUUCAGGAUCCCUCGUUGGAAUUGCAGGUGAGAGUUCGAUUUGCCGAAACCUUCUCCGGCGAAAGAAAAUCCAUUUUCGCAAUCACAGGUCUACGUGGGUUUGUCCGAGCUGUUCUGCACGAUCUCUCGAGAAGUUUGCAGCUGGGUGAUUUGAAUUCCCGUCAUCACAGAGCGGCUCUCCUCCAGAUGGCCUCGGCACUCCGGAAAAAAGGAGACCUCGGCGACGCCCACGAUUAUUGUUCGGAGGCAACGCGACUGUCGCUCGUUUCGGGAGACCAAGCCAGUUACGCCAGGAGUAUACGAAUAAUGGGAGACAUUUACAGAAAAAAGUCCGACAUAAACAAAGCGUUUCGACAGUACGAGAGCGCGAUGGGAAGCGCGGCAGCGACCGGAGAUCGUCUCUGUCAAAUGGAAGCGAUGGACGGUGCCGCGAGGUGUCUCGAGGCGCUUCGUCUUCAACACAAAAUAUGCAAUUGUCGUCCUCUCGAAUUCAACACGAGGCUGCUCGAGGUAGCUGGAUCGGUCGGUGCUAAGUUCCUGGUACGAACCGUGAGAUCGAGGCUCUCGCGAAUUUACGGUUCUCUCGGAGACGAGGAACAGAAGGCUCAUCACGAGAGAUUAGCCGCAGCGAUGGAGGAAGAUUUGGAGUUGCGAUGCGGUGGCUGCAACGAGCCUUUCGGCCUCGAGGCCGAUUCGUUGGAAGCGCUGCCCUGCUCUCACAUAUUGCAUGCCAGGUGCGCCUACGACAUCUUGAAGAGACGCGACAAAAAGAAGAAACGUCUGUGUCCCGAUUGUCACAAGUCCGUUAGUUCACGAUUGUACCUGCAUUGCGAAGACCCUCACGGCAUGAAUACUUUGAAUCACAGUUCCUUGAGUCUGGCAUCCUUGAGAGCCAGCAGUCUAGCCACGCUGGACGACUGUCACGCAACGAGCAGUGUCUAAACGCGCCGGCGCGGCGCGACACGGCGCGGCAAUCUAGGCAAUCUAGGCAAUCUACCAUUUCUUUCUCGAUCAGCUCGAGAACGUCGCCGCGCGUUCUUCGAUAUCGCGCCCGCAUCCCUGUAUACCCCUAUACCCCGAAAACCCUUGCCACGCUACUUUGCGCUGUGCCAUCUUUUCUUUUCGGGGUAUACGUGUGGUAUCGAGUUUCCGCGAUCUGCCAAUUAAACCAUUAGAAAUUAACGUUCUUCAACGCGUGGAUCCUCCGUCAUUUAACCAUUCAAUUAGGACGAAGAAAUUUCAACAAUACCUAC